AUGAUGCUUCUCGUUGGUAUAUUUCUAGCCCGGCUUGCGGUGGCUGCCGCGCAGAGCAGCUGCGUCACGGCUUGGGGUCAAUGCGGUGGCAUUUCUUACACCGGGUCUACCUGCUGUCAAAGUGGGAAUACCUGCGCCGAGAUCAAUUCGUACUACUACCAGUGCACGCCAGCCACAGUGACUUCAACUGCCACUGGGACUUCUUCUGGCUCUGGUUCAUCGUCUGUCAACACUUCAGGCUAUACAACGACCACUGUUCUUCCCAGUCCUACAGCUACACAGAACCCUUAUCCAGCGGCCAAUGCCAGCUCUUGUGGAUCGUGGGCUCUCGUUGAUAACGUUUGCUGCCCAUACUACUGUCUCUCGAAUAAUGAAUCCGAGUCCUGCACGAGCAGCUGUACCGGCGGCUGCGGCAGUCCUGAUUCCUCCAUGUGCAAGUCCGGGACAAUGUGGGGAGAGCAACUUACCGUUACCUCCAACGAGGCCUGGCAUUACAGCCGCUCAACACACUUUGGUCUGACCAGCGGCGGAGCCUGCGGUUUCGGCUUGUACGGCCUCUGCACCAAGAACAGCGUCACAGCAAGCUGGACAGACCCCAUGCUGGGCACUACCUGCGACGCGUUCUGCACCGCGUAUCCGCUGCUCUGCAAAGACCCCGGUAACGUCACGCUCCGCGGGAACUUUGCCGCUCCGAACGGAGACUACUACACUCAGUUCUGGCCAUCCCUGGCUGCAUCCGGAAAUCCCGACAACUACCUCUCCUGCGGCGAGUGUUUCGAGCUCAUCCGUACCAAGGCCGACGGGACGGACUACGCCGUUGGUGAGAGCGGAUAUACCGAUCCCAUCGUCCUCGAGGUAGUAGACAGCUGCCCCUGCGACGCAAAUUCAAAAUGGUGCUGCGGAAGCGGCGCCGACCACUGCGGCGAAAUUGACUUCAAGUACGGCUGUCCUUUGCCGGAAGGGUCCCAUCACAUGGAUCUCUCCGAUAUCGCUAUGGGCCGUCUCCAAGGAAACGGCAGUCUCACCGACGGCGUGAUUCCCAUCCGUUACCGGCGAGUGCCCUGUCCCAAGCCAGGGAAUAUCUACAUCUGGCUUCAUGACGGAGCUGGGCCGUACUAUUUCGCGCUGAGCGCGGUGAAUACCAACGGCCCGGGGUCUGUAAUUAGUAUCGAGGUACAGUCUGGUGGCUCUGGGCCCUGGGUUGCACUCGAGCACGAUCCGAAUUACACGAGUAGUCGGCCGCAAGAGCGGUAUGGCUCUUGGGUCCUCCCGCAGGGCCAGGGACCCAUUACUGUGCCUGUUGCGAUGAGGCUGACGGCGCCGGAUGGGCAGCAGGUGGUAAAGGAAGGGGCGAUUACAAGCUUUACCCCGCCGGCGACUGCGGUCACUGGGUUCUGGUAUAUUGAUCUUGGGGUGCAGUUUACCUAG